AGAUGUAUAUCAUACAUGUUAUGCACUUAGUGGAUUAUCAAUUGCACAAAAUUCCCCAUGGCCAUUGAUUAUUGGAUCAUCUAAUAUAAAUUUAGUAAAAAUAAUUCAUCCUUUGUACAAUUUAGAAGAUUCUUGUGCAGUUAAUGCAUUAAAAUAUUUUAAUACACUGCCUAUACCUGACUGAACAUAUAUUUAAUGUUCAAAAUAUAUAAAUAAAAUAAAAUACUUUUAUUUCAUAGAAAGAAGUUUAAAGACAGAUUCUACUUUACUUCACAUUAAAAUUGACCAACAAAGUGUAAAUAUAAAAUUAUUAAAUGAUAAUUAAGUAAUAAUAAUUAUGAAUUAUUGAAUUAAUAUUUGUUUAAUUAUAAUAUUAACUAAUAUAUAUUUAAAAAAUAUUGUUUUUUAUAAAUAUUGUUUUAAUUCUAACCUAAUAUGCUUAGUACAAAUUUUUCAUAAAAAUAGAUAAUACUAUAUGAAAUUUUUAAUAAAUAAGAUAUAAUAAAAAUUUUUGUGACACAAUUAUAAAUAUAAUUCUUUAAAUCAAAAAUUCAAUUUAUAUAGAUAUAAUGAUUAAUAUAUGUAUGUAUAGUAAAUAUAUAUGAACGAUGUGUUCUGAAAUGGUGCAAUACAAGUGCAAAACGUGUAAGAAAUAAGUUAUUAAGGAAACUAUUGUAAAAUUUGAAAACAAUAGUAUAUAUAUUUGAAUAUCAUAAAAACAAAUUUUGUUUGAUAUAAAUAUUUUGUAAAAGAUAAAUUAUAAAGAAAAAAUUGUAUCUAAAAUUAUUUUGACAACUAUUUUCAAUAAGAAAAGAGGUUAUGGCAAAACACUUAGUACAAAUAAUAAUAAUGGGAACGCAAGUCGUGUUUAGAGCAUUCGCACGAGCAUUGCGAGAAGAAAUUGCAGCAAGUCAAGCAGCUGCACGUAAAACAGGCGGUGGGACACGAGGUGCUCAACAUGCUGCAACAAAUUACAAAACUGGUAUUUCUUUAGAAGAAGCAUUACAAAUUUUAAAUGUUGAACGAGUGGACCAAAUAGAAGCCAUUGAACGUAACUAUAAACAUCUCAUGGAAGUUAAUGACAGAUCAAAAGGUGGUUCAUUUUAUAUUCAAUCAAAAAUUGUACGUGCUAAAGAACGCAUUGAUGAAGAAAUAAAAAAUGUGAAAGUUCCUCCUCCAAAUAGAAAUUCCGAACAAAACGCGUCAAGACAACUUUAACAUAUUUUUAUGUAGUCUAAAUUUAAUUGAUAUAUCUUUGAAGUCUGUAUAUAUGCUUGUAAUGAUAUUUUAAUUGCAAAUAAAAUAUAAAAAUAUAAAAAAAUAAA